AUGGCACAAAGAUGGCACCAGUACAUGGCAACCACUAUAGACCACUCUCAGCGACGCUUCAGUGGCAUGUGCCAUUCUCUUGCACUGCGGCUGCCUCAAGGCAUGCACAGGAAGGUGCAAAUGCAAACGGCGCCGGUGUCCGAUGUACGGCCCUUUGCAAAUGCGAAGAAAAGGAAAGGACCCCCCUCAGCCGCCACUACAGGCAUCCUGAAAUAUUUUGCAACGGCGCCUGGCCCAUCCCAGGCUGGCCCAGGUCCUUCCCAAAACGUUGAUCAUGAUGCAGUCGGAGAUGAGAAUGAGUUGCCUCAACCAUGCAGCCCUGCCCCUGAUGUUCCUGAUACUGACCAAGCUUCCGCAGCCUCUGAGACAGUUGCAAUUGGGACAUUGCGGCCAACAACUAGUUCUGCAUGCAACACUCCUAUUCCCGCAAGUCUGGCAAGUCAGGAUUACAGUGACAUGGGCCUACUACACUACCUGGGGAAGUCCUUAACAGAUGAGGAGCGGUUCAAGAUCCUGAACUCAGCUUGGACGCCACCACCCACCUUCGCCUUUCCCACCCACAUGGAGCAUGGCAAGACCCGAAAGUUCCAAAUUCAGUGGCUCUUCUCAUUCCCCUGGCUGGUUUAUUCCAGAUCAUCUGAUGGAGGUGUAUGCAAAUACUGUGCUCUAUUUAGCAACACGCAGGCAACACUGGUGACUCGCCCUCUGACCACCUGCAACAAAACUCCGGAGAAGUUGAAGGCUCAUAGCCAGAGCAGCAACCAUCAGGCAUCCGUCACAAAGGCAUCCUGCUUCGUGGAGAUCAUGAAAGGCCAGCAGAAGAAUGUGCAGGAGCAGUUGAGUAAAGGCCUUGCUAACCGGAUUGCUGAGAACCGCCAGAAGAUGAGGAGCAUAGUGGAAACUGUCAUCCUGUGUGGGCGCCAAAACCUGCCUCUCCGUGGAAAUCAUGAAGGUCAUGAAGAUGAUCGCAGCAAUUUCAGAGCCCUCUUGAACUUCAGGAUAAGUUCUGGGGAUAAGGUUUUGGAAGAACAUCUCAAAACAACAGGCCCCAAGAAUGCCACAUACACAUCGAGCAGAAUUCAAAAUGAGGUCAUAGACACCAUUGCUGACUAUAUCCGCCAGAAGAUUUUCAGCCAGGUAAAGAACAGCCCCUUCUUCUUAAUCAUCGCGGAUGAGGUCACCGACGUUUCUAACAAGGAGCAGCUAGCAUUUGUUUUGAGAUAUGUGGAUUCUGCUGAGACUCCUCAAGAACGACUUGUGGAUUUUGUGGAGUGCUCUGAAGGCAUCACGGGAGCAGUGCUGGCCAAGACCAUGAUCACCAGGGUGGCUUCGUAUGGUCUGGAUCCUUCCCUUAUCCGCGGCCAAGGGUAUGACGGUGCAGGCAAUAUGUCCGGCCACACCAAUGGGGCAGCUGCCCUCAUCCAGAAGGACCAUCCGAAAGCUCUCUAUUUCCACUGUGCGGCACACCAAUUGAAUCUCUGCGUUGCCAAAUCGACAGAGAGUACAUAUGUGAGGAACAUGAUAGGGACGAUUGAGAAGAUCGGGUGUUUCUUCGACAAUCAUCCCAAACGCCAGUAUGCCUUAGACAAAGCAAUUGCAGAGGUCGCUCCCAACUCCAGUCACAAGAAGCUGAAAGACCUGUGUAGAACCAGGUGGGUGGCACGGCUGGACGCCUUCGAGGUCUUCAUUGAGCUUCUGUCCUCGGUCGCACACUGCUUCGAGACCAUCACCGAGCAGGGGCUGACGAAGUGGUCAAGGGAUUCUCUCACCGAUUCAUCUCAGUUUCUUCUAGCCAUCACCCAGCCUUCAUUCAUCAUCAGCCUCAUCAUGACAUCAAGUACCCUGUCCUACAUCCGUGGAAUUACCAUUGGUCUCCAGGCCAAGGCCCUCGACAUCGUUCGGGCAUCUGUAGAGGUCCAGACAGUAGUGACCGCACUAAAGAAUGUCAGGGACAGGAUCGACACGUACCAUGACAAAUGGUUUGCAGCAGCUUCCGACAUAUGCUCAGCUGUUGGCACUGAGCCAGCCCUGCCCCGCCGAUGUGGUUGGCAACGACACCGGGAGAAUACUCCGGCUGACACUCCAAGUGAUUUUUUCAAAAGGGCGGUAACUAUCCCCCUUUUGGAUCACAUCAUCAAUGAGAUGCAGUCUCGGUUCACAGAGCUGCACUGCACUGCCCUGAAAGGAAUCGCCCUCGUUCCAUCAGCCCUUGUUGCCUUGCCUGCUUCCCAGGGCAACCUGGAUGACUUCAUAGACACAUACCGGGCUGACCUGCCGUCUCCUAUGACGGUUGCCGCAGAGGUGGAGUGCUGGCAACAGAAAUGGCUGCUGCACCACAGCAAAGACGACUUGCCCGAGACCAUCACAGAUGCCUUGCGCCACAGUGGGAUGUAUCCCAACAUCGAGAUGCUGCUACGCAUCCUCUGUAGCCUACCCGUCACCAGCUGCACUGCUGAGCGCGCGUUCAGUGGCCUCAAACGUCUCAAGACUUAUCUUCGCUCUAGCAUGGGCACGGUGAGAAUGACGGGACUGGCCCUGAUGCUGGUUCACCAUGACAUCGACAUUGACGUCGAGGAGGUCAUCAACAUGUUCGCAAGGCGCCACCCAAGACGCAUGCGAAUGGUCAAUGUGUUGGAUGACUAG